AUGCCGGCGCGGGUCCCCAAGCCGCGAGUCAGACAUCCCCGUUUCCAUGGUCCCAUUAGCUCAGCCUUCAACUUUGACGUCGCAAGGUCAAGUCUUCAGAACAUGGGCAUUGCCCCGGCAGAGGAGGUUAUCAACGAUGACCUGACCUCAGCACAAGCUACCCCUGCCGAGUCGCCUCCGCAGGUCCCAUCUUUUGUACCUCCUCUUGUUCAUCCAACCAAGGACCCAAUAUGGACGAUCAAACGCGAAGAGGCUCUCCGGCUCUGUCGUAUUUAUGAAGAAGAAAUCGGAAUCAUGUACCCGCUCGUCGAGAUCGACAAGGUAACCCAGCAGGUAAACCUGCUGUAUACCUUCAUGGAGGCUGCGACACGGACCGGGUUUGCCCAGCGGGGGCUACCUGGCUCCGACGGCCUUCAAGACGACAGUACAAAUUUGUUGAAGAUGAUUCUUGCAACAACCCUGAUCGUCGAAGGAGGCGGACAGAGUGAACUCGGUCAACGUCUCUACCUCAGUGUUAAACCCGUGAUUGAGGCCAAACUAUGGGAACCUUUGGAUAUCAAGACUAUCCAGCUUUUCGGGAUGGCUACCUAUCACUUUCACACGGAUGAUGAUGCCAUGGCUUACCGCGUUAUCGGUCUCGCUGCUCGCAUGUGUCUCGAAAUGGGCCUUCACCGACGGGAUGCGCUCGCGAAAUCCUUCCCUAACGAGGAGCAAUGGCCUGAAGUGAUCAAAAUUUUCUGGGCAGUGUACAGUCUGGACAGACGCUGGAGCUUCGGAACAGGGCUGCCCUUUGUCAUCCAGGAUGAGGACAUCGAUCCCAACCUGCCGGAACCGGACUCGUCCCUGCCGUAUUUGAAAUGCAUGGUAUCAUACAAUCGCAUUAGCUCGAAGAUCUGGUACUCUGGACUAGGCUCCGAAGGUACAACUGAUAUCCGCCGAGACGAGAUCGGCUACCUGGACUAUCAGAUCCUCCAAUGGUAUAAGCAGGUCCCCGACUCGCUCAAGUUCUACUCCGUCGAGUCUCCCAAGCACGGCGAGAACGCCAGCCGGGGCCUCCGACGGCUACGAGUACUGCUAUAUCUUCGUAUGAACCAGCUUCGUAUCCUGAUCUACCGCCCGGUCCUUCACUCGGCUGCCAGCAUCGCGGAAGACAAAGGUCACGCGCAGACUGUGGUGGAUGUCGCGAAAGACACCGUCCGGGUUCUGACCCAGCUCAACCAGAUGUCGGAUAUCUAUCGCACACAGCAGAUCACGUUCAACUACUUUCUUGUUGCUGCGUUGGCAGUCCUCUUCCUGGCCGUAUGUCAUGCACCAGCGGAAUUCAACCGUCAGGUGCGAGACGAGUUCUACAUGGCCCUCGACCUGAUCAACGGGUUCAGCACCAAGUCGUAUGUCUCCAAGCGGCUAUGGAAGACAAUCAAAGGUCUCCGGAAAAUUGGCGAAAGACUGGGUGUACUGGUUCGUCCCUUCGGAUCUGACUCCAACGACCCUCAUUCAACGGCGGCCGUGGCCAUGGCUGGGUUGGCGGGUCACCCAAUUGAGAACAUAUCGGUGUACGGUUCCCUGAACGGUGUUGGUGAGCUGGGCAACAGUCCGUUGAAUGGACUGCAGAUGAGCCACGAACUCACGAACCUGUUCGAGGCCGUGGGCGGAUUCAGCUCAUUUAUGGCGUCCGGCACGGGACCAGAUGGAAUGAAUGGGUUUGUUGGCCACGACGGCGAAAUUCAAAAUACGGGCGAGGGACUUUCAGGAGUUUUGGGGGAUGAAGGAGAGCUAUCACGAGUCAUUCGAGACUUGUUUUGA